CAGUUUCCAUUCGACCACCAGCCCUGGCGCGAUAACAAAACUCUGUAGUUUAUAAGUAUCUACAUGAUCGACAGUGCACCGUGCUCACCCUUUGGAUCCGCUAAUUGAUCUGCACAAUCUCAUGUCGUCGGACGAAGAAGUUGCCUAUGCUCUCCGAUGGAACAACAAUAUAGCAAUAAUGAUCUUUGGAUUGGUAUCCUAUGAGUACAUAUUUCACUUCGAGAAAGAGGUCAAGUUUGUUUGGACAAGAAAAUGGUCACCGAUGACGUAUCUCUACCUCGCUGCACGAUACCUUGGUCUUUUCCUCGCAAUGCUUUGCGCCUGCUGGGGAGGUCUAAUGUAUAUUCCCGAAGGGGUGAGCUACGCUCUUGCCGUUCUAUUGGAAUGGGGCUUUUCAAUUUAUUUUUUGUUGGCGGAAGUCAUUCUCAUCUGGCGUCUUUACGCUUUAUACAACCGAUCCAAGUUCAUACUAUAUUUGCUGGUCGGGUUGUUCCUAGUUAUCGCCGCGCUUUCGAUAGGGAUCGACAUAUACUUAUAUAGUCGACCCGAAGCGUUUUCGGUGAAAGAAAUAGUAACUCCGAACGUCAAUUACUGCACGUCUUCCUUCAACAUAGGGCCUAUGCCUGCGAUCUAUGCUUCCAUCCCGAUCAUAUGCUUCGAUAUCUUCCUGGUUGUUCUCGCCGUUCUUAACCUCGUGAAACACCUCAGAGAACGAAGAGAAAUACAAAUGAAGCCUAACACAUAUGUAAUUCUGAUCGUUCGAUGUCAUGUCGUAUACUUCCUCCUGAAUUUGACAAAUGAAGUCUUAUUGACGGUGUUAUGGGCCAACAUUCCGCCGGCAGUGAUCAGUCUCUCGGAGGGUUUCAUCAAUACCGCACCGUUUAUUAUCGCGCCCCGUCUGAUUAUCAGCAUUUGGGACACACAUGCCAAUGAAGAGCGCACACAUAACAGUGCGACGUUCGAAGAUUGCAUAUGUUGGACAUUGCCAUCGACAUGCGAGGAACACGAAAUGGACUACAUAUGAUUCUGACCUGGAUCAAGGAAAAAAUAUGGGGUGAAGUAGUUGGGCCCGGGUCCUGUCAAGUUCUUUGAUACACGACAGUAAGCAGUAGAGGGCCGAUUUAUAUAUGUAUCUAUGUACUAUCUCUUGUGUACAAAGAAGCGAC